AUGACGUCCGCCACGUUGGGUGCUUCGGCUGCUUCGGCGACCAUGGAGCCCACGGCCACGCUCCGUUCCUCGAUGACCCAUCCCUACCUAACCAGCAAGUUCCAGGUAGGGUCUGCCAAGAGUGACAAGAUCAACUACACCUUGGCACAAAAAGUUUUCCACAGUGGAGAUGUGCCGCACGAGGUGCUCGAGUCGAAACGUGCUGUCCAAAAACGGAAGCAGCCGAACAUCCUGGGCACUGAGAAGCGUGACUGGAAUUCCUCAACGAUCGCUGACCAGAAGAUUCAGAAGGAUCAGCACAAGGACUUGAAGCGUCAUUUGCUUCAAGUUCGAGCUGGCCUCCACGACGAGAAGAUUCUCAAGCCUUGCAAGGCUCACACGGAUGAGGCCAUCGUCGAGCGUCACAAGUUCAUCGUUGCCCUAACUGGCCAGGGGCCGAUCGGCAAGCUGUCAGGCAGAUGGUUCAAUGCCAUCGACGAGCGGGGUUUGCCUUCCCACUGCAUUGCUGAUCACUGGAGUGACUGGAAUUCUUCGUACAGCACCCACACCAAGGAAGACGUUGUUCAGGCCCAUGCAGUCGUGCAAUCAAAGGAUGAGAGGCGCUUCCGCAUGAUGGCCAGAGAAAAUAAGCUCAACAAGGAUGCGUACGUUAACCCGACGAAGGCGAUCACCAACAUGAACGAUAGGCUCCGCGAGCGGAAGGUGGAUUUCCAGGAUUUGAAGGACCAGUUCAAGAGAGAGCUCAAAGUCGAGUUUCCUCAAGCUUCUGAAGAGCGACUUCAAGCAAUGGCGCAGAGGCUUCUCAAUGAAAAGCUGCUGGCCGACGAGAAAAUGUGGCGGUUCCCCGUGCAGCAUGAAAGCUUCCGGCCAAACUUGUCCUUGACCACGCAGGAUCGCAGAUACAAGGAGCACUUCCACCCUGGAGCUUUUGUUUGGAAUGAGGCAGAAAAGCGAGAGGCCUGGACAUGCUGCCUGAACUUUGGCUUCGAUUCUCGUGGCUGUGAGUCGCGGGUGGUGAAUCCAGACGCCUGGAGCUACCAGGGCUUCGAACGUGCGUCGGCGAUCCGAGCCACGAAGCUUCAUUCGACCAAAUGUCCCGUCAUGAGCGCCUCGGGCACCGUGAAGUCCUUCAAUGGCGCCAAGGGCUUCGGUUUCAUCGACUGUGGCACAGGAACAGAUGUCUUUAUCCACAUCAAGGACUGCGUUGAUGGGAAUCAGCCGGCAGCAGGUGAUGUGCUGACGUUUGACCUGGAGCCAAGCAAGUCGAAACCAGGCCAAAUGCAGGCCAAAAACGUUAAAGGUGGGACGGCUGUGAAAGAGCAGCCUGGCGCCGCAGACCCGUUUGGCUCCUUCGCAGCUUCGAAAAGCCUGGGCACGAGGCAAGGAACCGUCAAAACCUUCAACGCCGAGAAAGGAUUCGGCUUCAUCGCGGUAGAGGAUGGAGGGCCGGAUGUGUUCUUGCAUGUCAAGCAGUGCGUCGGCUCCAUGCCCAAGCCCGGCGACGUGGUCACCUACGAUGUCGAGCCCAGCAUCAACAGACCAGGUCAGAUGGUCGCAAAGAACGUAACUGGUGGAUCCAUGCCGCUGACCUCGCCUGGUCAUGCUGGAUAUGGACCAGUCCGGACUGAUGUGACCCAGCUUACCAACCCAUAUGCUCAGAAUGGCAUGUUGGGAGGUAUGAACCUGGGCUGUGCUGGCCUUGGCAUGACAGCAAUGCCUGGCAUGGGCCUCGGUGACAUGAGCGCGAUGGGAGGGAUGGCGCCUCAACUGGGCUGCGCUGGCUUCAGUGGUUGCGCCGGGUGCCCUGGCUGCGGUUGUGGCUGCGGCUGCGGCGGGUGCGGUGCCUGUGCCGGCUGUGGAGCCUGCACCGGCUGCGGUCUGGGUGACUGCUCUGGCUGUGGAGCUUGCGGCUGUAGUGGCCUCGGAGAUUGCUCUGGCUGUGGGGCAUGUGGCUGCGGUGGACUUGACGCGGGCUGCGGAGCCUGUGGUUGUGGCUGCGGUUCCUGUAGCAGCUGUGGCUGUGGAUGUGCAGGGUGUGGUUGUGGCUUGAAUGGUUGUGGUGGCUGCAUGCCCACGGACAUGAGUGCCUUGGGUGGCUUGUCUGGUUGUGGCUGCCAGGGAGCUUGCGCUGGCUGUGGUUGCGAUGGUUGUGGCAUCUCGCAGCCCCUGCUCGGAGAGCAGGCCAUGGCGGCAACUAUGCCAGCCGAGCUGCUGUCAGGGGAACCUGGCCAAGCAGCUUAG